AAAAGGCGUCGGGGGCCGGUCACAUCCCCUUGACGCUCCUCUCAUCAAUGAGUACACCCCCAGUCGUACUGCCGUUGACAAGAGAUCCGCCCAGCGCAUUGUCCUGCAUAUAGGCCCCCGACAAACGACUAGCCAGUCAGUCAACGCAAGCCCAUCAAGACGCGCAGCUAGGCAUUGAUCAAAACAAGCUCCAUCGGGUCCCGCUCGUUCCCCCAUCUCCGCUUGUAGCUGCAAGUCUCUAAGAAUCUCAGCGAGAGAGAGACUGCGAAUUACACAGACAACGACCAUCUCACGAUCACGAUGGCAUCUGCUCAACCGAUCCGGAUCCGCAGGGCGGAGAACGCACCCGGUGGCCUCACCGCUACGGCGGGUAGCGGCGCCGACGCUACAAGCUUGCAUGCUACCACGCCGGGCGGUAGCCAAUUCUUUGGCAAGACGCCAGGAGGAUCCCGCAUAAUCUACACACGCGAGCAGCUGCUCAACCUCGCCUCGUCUCCACUGGCGCAAUCACCUCCUGCGCCAGAGAAGAUCCAUCGCUCCAAGAUUGGCGGUGCGAACGGUACGCUGCCAGCGCUCAUCAGUCGCUCGCCCGAGAAGCACCAUAUGGCUAGCUUUGGCGGCACGACAACGAGGGGUUUUGGCAUCAGUCCUUCGGAUAAGCGCAACAACAGUCGGUCAAGCAGCGGGGCAGCAGGCGCUGGGCAGACGGCAUUUGGAUCCGGGUCAUUCGGCCGCACGCCGUCAGGAGGGAUCAUCUCUGGCGCACCGGGCGCAAGCGCAAGCGCUGGCGCUGCGCCAGCGACAUCCCCUAUCUCCUUCCAACGCAAACCAUCGCAGUCACUCGCUCACUCAUCUUCCGGAGGCAGCGGCGGUAACGCAGAGGGAAGUGCUGGCGUAGCUUCCCCGACCUUCAGCAGAAGCCCUGGAAAUGCUUUCAACUUUUCUGCGCCUGUUCGUUCGGUCAUGACGCCUGCCGCUGCUUCCGCUGGUGGCACGGCUCCUCCUGGGCUUAGCGGACCGUCUUCAUCGUCUCCCGCGAACACGAGGCCGGCGGACGUGGACAUCCAUCGCAAGAUGUCCGGACUUGCGCUCGGCCGUCCCUCUGGCGCGUGAGCGGCGGCCGCCCCUUUCGCUGGUGAUGAAUGUACAGGAUGAAUUUGAUAAAGCGGUAACAACGACAAGAUAAUUACUUUUUCAAGCACUCGACGAUGUACAACGAUCUGUGAUGGCAUUCGAGAAUGGUGAACGGAUGUGAGAGGCGGGGGAGGUUCAAUGAAGACCAACUGAGUGUUAAUCAAUGCAUUCAAAGCAAUGUAAGCCAAAGUAAAUAAAGUCCAAUACGAAGCAAAUGACAAGGUGUCGA